UGCACACUUUCUUUUGGAAAUGCCGCCGGAACCGGAACCAACAUUUUUGCAUUUUCGAAUUCACUAGUGAGAGUCGCUGUCCGCGUCAGAUCUUCAGACUUCUACCUCCUAGUCCAGCGACCACAUUGUAUGCAGCAAGCUGCACCAUCCUGCUCGAAAUGGCGGACUCGCAAGUCGUUUGCGGCAUACUUGAUGAGAUGACUAGUAGUAUGGCAUCAGUGCGAGAGUCGAUGCAAUCCCUCAAACAAAAGUUAAAAACUGCAGAUGAUAUGGAUAUGAAGGACGGAAUCUCUUUGCUUUCACUCAAACACCACCUGCUUCUGUCGUACUUGCAGUCACUUGUCCUGCUCUCUGCACGCCGAGCAACUGGAGACUCGUUAACAGAGAGAACAUCAGCCAGUUCCCCUUUCAGUACAGUCGAUCGAGAGGCGCGGGGCUCUGGCGCUGGUGAUCUGGUUGACUCUAUGAUAGAGGGUCGCGUUGUACUUGAAAAAAUAAAAGUCCUGGAAAGCAGGAUGCGAUACCAGAUCGAGAAGCUGGUCAGAGUUGCUGAAGAAGUACCUUCUGGCAAAGAUGUGGUCGAAGAUCCCCUCGCCUUCCGUCCAAAUCCCCAAAAUCUUGUCGACAACGAGCAGCACUCCAACGAAGACCAAGACGGCCGUUCAGAUGUCGAAGACAUAUACCGCCCUCCUAAGCUCGCACCCAUGCCCUACACGGAAGCCGCAGCCGAUAAGCGUUCUAAACGACAGCCCGUUCCCAAGGCACUUUCUACCCUCCUCCACCAAGACCCCUCACGCCCGCACGUCGAGGGUACGUCCGGCCUUGGCUCGAUGCCCUCCCUCGCAUCCGACCGCGCCCGCGAGAUCCAACGUAUAAAAGACUUCGAGGAGGAGAACUUCACGCGACUAGUCAUGAAGAAGAAAGAUGCGCGUAGGCGACGAAAAGAUGAAGAGGAUUUGGCACUCGGAGGUACGGGCGCUGGAAAGGGUAGGAAGAGAGGCCGGGGCCUGGAGGAUGAGUUUGCGGAUGUGCUACACUCAGUUGGGCGCACGAAGACGGGGGUGCUCGGCGAUGGAUAUGAAGAGCUGAGGCAAAGAGGUAAGAAAGCUGAUGCACUUUCGAGAUCGCGAACGACACAGUGGAAGGGGGAUCUUGAGGGCGCAGACGAUGUCGGGCCGCGACUGCAGAAAAAGACAAGGUUUGAAAAAGCAAAGACGACUCUACACAAGAAAAUGAAGGCGAGAAAGAGAUAGUUUUGUCCUUUCGAAGUUCCUGUUAUGUUUUUCCGUACCAACGCAACGACCUGGUCAUUUCGAAUCCUCUCAAUCGUUCCCCCCACCAUCAACAAAGUAUGUGUCACUGUGACCCAAGGCAUAAAUUCCUCGAUGGUGGGUCCUAGAUAAACUAGUCGACCAUAGUCCGGGGGCAUAUCCAGUUUGUUACAUCUCGUCGGCGCAGCGUAUAAAUUAAAACUAUGCGUAGUUGCU